AAUCUCUCCCUUGUCCACAUCCGUCCGCUGAACAAAACAUCAAGAUCAAGAUUGUCUCUACAUCGCUUCCCCAGAUUCCGUUGCCGAAGGUCAAAUAAUCUGGGGUAAAGUUGUCCACGGAACGAUUUGUGCCACCAAUCACAAGAUGCAACACCAACAAUGCUUCCUCCACACUUCCCCGCAAAGUCACGAUGGCAAUGGUAUGAUGCGCGCUUGUCCAAUAGUCGGCCCGGAGAAGUAAGCGCGACGGAAUAAUUACAGACUCUAGUAAUCGCGUAAAGGGGUGCAUCUCGUCAAUCUAGUAUAAGUACCCGGCCGUUCCGAUGGACGGGUACCGAAUACCAGGUCAAUCGUUCUCUGCCGAUCAACAUGGCAUUCCGUAUAAUACAAUUCCUUGCGUUUGCAAGUACUCUUUCUGUUGCAUCUGCCGAUAAAUUCUCAAGAACAAAGCCCGAUCGGGGUGCGUUAGUCGUCGAUGCAUCCGGCGCAACCAACGGCAGCUACCCCAGUAUCAGUGCUGCAGUAGACGCACUGCAUAACAGGACCGAUGCCCAGAAGAUCUUUGUCGUCGCAGGAAAAUACAACGAACAGGUCUACGUACCUCCUCAUGCUGGCCCCAUCACCAUCCAAGGUUCCACAAAGAACGCUCGCGGUUACAAAGACAACGAAGUCACCCUGACAUACAACCUAUCGCGCCAGACACCCGGUCUUGUCAACAACGACGCAACAGCCACCCUCCGUCUAAACACAACCAACAUCCGCAUAUACAACCUAAACGUCGCCAACACCUUCGGCGCAGCGGAGAAGAACGGACAAGCCCUCGCCCUGAGCGCGCAGAAGACAAACCAAGGAUUCUACGGCUGCAAGUUCACCGGCUAUCAGGACACGAUCUAUGCCAACAUCGGUCGCCAGAUCUACGCGAAGUCCUUCGUCAACGGAGCGGUAGACUUCAUCUUCGGUCUACGCGCCAUCGCGUGGUUCGACAAGAUCGAUAUCGAAGCCAUUGGUCCCGGCUGGAUCACUGCGAACGGUCGCGAAGCUGAGAACAAUACGAGUAUCUAUGUCUUCAACCAGGUCAACGUACGUGGUACCAAUGGCACUAACUCGACUGUUCUGGGCCGGCCGUGGAGACCUUACUCAAGGGUGGUUUUCCAAGAUAGCUAUCUAAGUGAUGUAGUGAAGCCGGAGGGAUGGGCAAGAUGGGAUGAUGUGCAGAGUGUGGAUAAUGUUGUUUACCAGGAAUACAAGAACUAUGGGCCUGGCGCAAAUCCGGGGGCAAGGGUGGACUUUUCCUCGCAGCGGGACGCGCGGAUUAAGGCGUCGGAUCUGUUUGGGAGGAACUUUGAGAAGGAGAAUUGGGUAGAUGCGGAUUACUUGUAGGUUUGGCAUGAAAUUUGAGAAGCAGUAUUGUACGAUAGACUUUGAAAGAGCUAGUAACUGUGCCACUUGGUGUUCUUCAACCUAUAGCAUCGCGCGCUGCCAACAUCACAGCCAUGUAUGCCAAAGACCCUCAUGAGAAGUAUGUCUGCAUCUGCAGGUUAUUCAAACUGCCGUUCGAGGCCGAAUGUUAAGGUAAGUAGUUG